AUGGACCGAGAAAAAGACGUGUUCAUCAGCCUAGCAGCGUUCCUGAACGACGAAGUUCAAUCUCUUCACGCCGACUUGCUUCUCUUCACUUGCUGCUUAACUUCCGGGUUAAUUGAUAGCACGAUAUACAAUGCCUACAAUACUUUUGUGUCAAUGCAGACAGGGAAUACUAUCUUUGUCGGACUGGGCGCAUCGAACCAGAAUCCACGCCCAUACGGAUGGGCUCGGUCUCUGACAUCCAUUGGAUGUUUCACCGUGGGAUGCUUCCUCUUCGCAUGGCUGAAUCGUGCUGUAGGGGCACAGCGGCGCGGAUCCUUGAUGCUAUCAUUCCUCAUCCAGGCCAGUAUCAUCCUGAUCACUGCCAGUUUGAUUCAAACUGGUGUUGUCUCGAGUAAGCUGGACAGCCAGUCGCAAGGAACAACGCACUGGAGCCAAGAGGUCCCCAUCGUUCUCCUUAGCCUUCAAUCGGCGGGUCAGAUCGUUGCGAGCCGCGCCUUGGGUUUCAAUGAAAUCCCAACCGUGGUGAUCACGAGUCUUUUGUGUGAUCUGAUGUCGGAUCCCAAGCUCUUUCUGUUACGAAACGAAAAGCGCGAUCGACGCGUCGUAGCCUUCAUUUUGACCUUGAUUGGUGCCAUCGUCGGCGGUUGGGUCACGAAGGCUACCGGCGAGAUCGCGCCCACCCUCUGGUUGUCAGCAGGUAUCAAGCUAGCCGUAGUGAUCGCAUGGGGUUUCUGGAAAACCGGUUCAUAA